AUGCCAGUCACUUCUGAAUCUUUAAAAGUUGAAGGUAAUAAAGCAUUCAGUGAGAAACAGUACAAGAAAGCUGCUAAGUUAUAUGGGGAUGCUAUUCAACUAGAUAUUUACAACCCUGUUCUUUAUUCAAAUAGAGCACAAUGUUUUUUAAAUUUAAAAGAUUAUACGAGAGCUUAUCAAGAUUGUAUUAGUGGAUUAAAUUUAGGUGGUAAUUUACAGAUUAGCAUAAAAUUAAACUAUAGAAAAGGGUUAGCAUUAAUUGGACUUAAUAGAUUUAAAGAUGCUAAGGCUGCUUUUGAAAAUGUGCUAGAAUUAGAUCCUAAUAAUGAAUUGGCAAAACUGGAAUUGAAAAAGUUGUCUGAUUUGGAUGAGGAUAUAGAUGAUGGUGAAGUUGACGAGGAAAUAGAUAUACCUAUUGAAAAAGUAGAUGAAUUGCCAAAAGAAUACGCAGAUUUACUAAAAACUAGUGAAAAGGUCGAGGAAGAAGAUGACGAAGAGGAGGAGAAAGUACCUGAGUUGGAACCCUCAGAAGAAGCUAAUAAAGAAAUAAAUGAAUUAUUUGGUUCUAAAUCAAACUCAGAACCAAAGACAACUAAUAUUCCCAAGAUUGAAGAAAAAGUGGAAAUACUGCCCAUGCACUAUCUAACUACUUUAAAAAAAUUACCAGAUGAUAAAAAAGCAAAAGGCUAUAAAUAUGUUCUUACUUUAACUCGUGAUGAUUAUGCAAAUGUAUUUGGUUCAGCAGGUAUAGAUACUGAAUUUUUAGAAUUCUUCCUACAUGCAAUUUUAUACUGUUGCAAAAAUACAAACUUUUUAUCGAAUUGGAGUCAACUAGCUUUAUCUCAUUUGGAUCAAUUUUCAAAAUUCAAAAGGUUUGAUCUUUCAAUGAUGAUGUGUGAUGAUAAUGUCAAAAAACAAAUACUACAACAUAUAAACGAUAAUGACGAUAAACGAACUUAUACUAAAUACUUUAGCUAA